GGUUUGUGACAUACCCAGGAAUUCUGCAAUGAUUCAUGUCGUAUAUAAAAGUUCAGAGAAGUCACAUUUGAAAAAAUCUGUGUCAAAAAAUGAAUCGGAACGACACAACCGCGCGCAUUGCGCACGUCUUCAGGGGAACAUUUGUGCACUCCACAUCGGGAGCUGCGGUUGAGAUUCUGCAGAACUGUGUCUUAGGAGUCGACGAUCAGGGCAAGAUUGCAUUUAUUGAAAAUGAUCGAGAUGAGGAGAGUCUUUCAAAAUUGUGGGGGUUUGGAGCUUCAGACAUAAAACAGCUUGGACAACAUGAGUUUCUAAUGCCUGGAAUGGUUGAUACACACAUUCAUGCAUCUCAGUAUAGCUAUACUGGCACCGCCUUAGACCUGCCUCUGCUGGAGUGGCUCAACACUUACACUUUCCCUGUGGAAGCCAAGUAUAAAGACUUAGAGUUUGCCAAUAAUGUCUACACUAAAGUUGUGAGAAGAACCUUAAAGAACGGCACCACUACUGCUUGUUAUUUUGCCACAAUACACACUGAUGCCUCUCUUCUGCUUGGAGAGCUUGCAGAUAAGUUUGGACAAAGAGCUUUACAAUAAAGUUUGUAAGACUGCAAUUCUGCAUGACAGUACAAAGAAAGUUCAAGCGAAUGUAAAGAGGAGACAGAUCGUUUCAUCAAAGAGCUUCUCAAAAAGAAGUAUCCGAAAGUUAAGCCUGUGGUUACUCCUCGAUUCGCUCCUUCCUGUUCCUCCUCACUGCUCAGUGAAUUGGGUGAAAUUGCCAACAACAACAAGCUUCACAUUCAGAGUCACAUCAGUGAGAACAAAGGGGAAGUGGAGCUUGUGAAAACAUUGUUCCCAGGCUGCAAAUCCUACACUGAUGUUUACCUCAAGCACAAGCUGCUUACAGAUAGGACAGUAAUGGCCCAUGGUUGUCACCUAACUGAUGAAGAACUGGAGAUCUUCCAUGAAACAGGAUCUGCAAUCUCUCACUGUCCAAACAGUAACAUUUCGAUUUGCAGUGGGAUGCUAAAUGUGCGCAAUGUUUUGAACCACAAAGUGAAAUUGGGCUUGGGGACAGAUGUAGCAGCAGGCUACUCCCCAUCCAUGCUAGAUGCUAUGCGAAGAACUCUUGAUACGUCCAAAGCCCUGACCAUCCAGGACCCUCAGCAUAAGACUCUGAGCUUUGAGGAGGUUUUCAGAUUGGCUACCCUUGGAGGCAGUGAAGCCCUCUCACUGGAUGAUCAGAUUGGAAACUUUGUGGUAGGGAAGGACUUUGAUGCCCUGCGUGUGAAUGUUUGCGUUCCUGAAGGACCGAUCGAUUUGUUUCCUGGUGAAGGCCCCAAGGUCAUUUUGGAGAAGUUUAUAAAUUUAGGCGAUGAUCGAAAUAUUACUGAAGUCUACGUGGCUGGAAGACAAGUGGUUCAAUUUCCAGAUACAUAGUUACUGUCUAGUUGUUUUUACCAGAAUUAUAAUUUUAAGAUCAAAGUUUAGAUUUUCUAAAGGAUGCUAUAGAUUUAUAUUAAUAUAUUAUAUCAAAAUAUAUUAUGUUGUCUUCUGUUUACUAGUUGUGUUGAUCAUGGAAAUUUUAUAUUAAUCUACAACAAAUUGACAAU